ACAACACAGCCCCCCUUCCCCUCCUAGUCAUCGACCUAAACAUGAGACGGAAUGACCACCUCUGUGGCGUAUGGAGAAGGAGCCUGACGGCUUCGCGCAAGAGCGACGGUGCUUGGCUACCCUCAGGUCCUUUCAUGUUAUACAAAUGCCCUGCAAUGUGAUGACCACAUCUCUGGUCCCUCUCUUCCCCCUCCUCUUCGCCUUGACGCAUCUCAGCCCCGGGGUCGCCUUUGUUCCUGCCACGCCCUCCCCUUUCCCCUGCAUCCUUUCCUCCACACCCCACCCUCUCACCAUCCCGACCCCCCGCCCCGCAACCUCCACGGCCGUGUCCGCCUUCCUGAAUGACGACAGUCGCUUUGGCCCUUCCUCCCUCACACCUUCCCCCGGUCCCUCCCCUCCCCAAGGCCGUAUCACCCUUGUGGGCGCCGGUCCUGGGGACCCGGAUUUGCUCACCCUAGCCGCCAUCCGGGCGAUGGCCACAGCGGAUUUGGUGGUCGCGGACCGACUCAUUCCCCCCGAGAUGUUGAAGUUGGUAACGGGCAAUUUGAAAAUUGCGGGGAAAAGGCCGGGCUGUGCGGAUGCGGCCCAGAAGGAGAUUUACCAGUGGGUGCGGGACGGGAUGGCGGCGAGGCAACACGUGGUUCGGUUGAAAAUAGGAGACCCCUUUCUCUUCGGCCGGGGCGGGGAGGAAGUCUUGGAGUUUCGAGAAAAAUUGGGCGUGGACCCGGAAAUCAUACCCGGAGUUUCCUCGGCGUUUGCGGCGCCGUUACUGGCGGCCAUCCCAGUCACCCACCGGGGAGUAUCGAACCAAGUGUACGUGUGUACGGGCUUCGGAAAAGGAGGCGACCGGCCCUACCUCGCCCCUUUCUACGUGAACCAGACCGCGGUCUUUUUGAUGGCGGUGGGGAGGUUGCGGGAGCUGACGCGUCAACUGACCAGCGUGGCAGGGUACCCGGAGGAGACGCCUGUGGCGAUCGUCGAACAGGCCUCGACCCCACGGCAGCGGACCGUGGUCGCCACUCUCGACAAGAUCGCGGCGGUGGCGGAGAGGGUAAGGGUGACGGCACCCGCCGUGGUGGUGGUGGGGGAGGUGGUGCGUGUGUUGUUGGAGGAGGGGGAGGACGGGGAGGAGGGAGGGCGGGUAAUCGAGGGGAAGGCGGGCGGCAAGGGGUGUGGAGACGCGAUGCUGGCCUACAUCGGGGGCGCAAUGACGGACCAGGAGGCGGCCCUGUUCGGGGCGGAUGGACGAGGAGGAGGGAAGGAGGAGGGAGGGAUUCCCUCUUUCUUCAAGAGGCUCCGUCGGGCUAGGGACGAGACGGCCGGGCGGUCAGAAGAGGUCGAGGAGGGCGCCAAGGAAGCGAUCAUGGCGCGAAGGGGCGGAGGGAGGAGAAGGACGUCCAGGUUGCGGAAGUGGAAGUUUUGGUACGGUAGAACCAACGUGACGGAUUCCAUGCUUUCGCGGAAUAGGCCUGGUCCUGCGCCUCCCCCAUCUCCUCCCGUCAGGGCAAGUUCAUCACCGCUCGCAUCAGAGCCCCACCCUGCUCCAAACCGCUUGCGUAUCCCUUUCCACUCUUCCAACGACGGGCAGUCGUUCAUCCGCUUAGAUGAUGCAGCUUCCGUGGCGGAGGCGGGAGGCGAGGAAGAAUCAUGGUCCAUCUUUGACCAUCCCGUUUCGAGCAUCUCCUCGGUCUCAGCCACGGGGACACCGCCGGCUAUCCAUGAAAUCCUGGGCAGACGCGUGAAUUUCGAUGCACUGUCUGCAGAUGCAUCACUCUACUCCAUGCUUAGGGCAUGGGUGCAAGACGACCCGACGCGGCAAGUACCUUGGGUCGCCAUGUCACUCGACCGCCCAGGGAAUUGA